GACUAACCUACAGAGAUCUAGGAAAAGCAUCAUAUCCUAACAAAAUUUACAUUGAAUACCCCGUUCAAGAUUUGCAUUCUUUCUCCUUUUUUAUGAUUUUCAACCCUUUCUAAGUUGUGGGUGCCUUUAUAUCCCAUUCCUAUUCGCCUUUGUUUAAUUUGUUUAUUAUAUUCACAAGAACGAUUUGGAUAUUUAAGCUUAAGAUCUAUAACUCGACCUUUAGUUUAAGUAUAAACACAAUGCAAAUAUCAACAACAAAAACUAUCCAAUAUUCAAAAAACUCUGGUACUGAUCGGUGUUAUCCCAACAAUUAUUUUUUCCACACCAACCGAAAAGAGUUUGAUGGGUUACCGAAAUCCCCUGAGCCUAGAAGAGAGUGACAAACUAGCAGUGUGUGUGUGACAGGCGAAAGACGCUCUGGUCAUUUGAUACAAACCGGUCUUAAAAAGCGCAAGUUGGUUGUAACUGGUAACAGAAAACUGAAACAAGCACUGAAAUCUGAUCUGAGCUCUGAGACAUAGAGCGCCAUAGAGUGGCGUGGGCAGGUCAAUCGAACCAAAUUAGUAACUAUGACCGACCAUAAAAAGGCGGUAAGAUCAUCGCAGUCGACAUGAUGACUAGCCAGACCCUGGAACAACAAAACAGUAGCAACAAAAGUGAUCAAACUGCACUGCCAUGCGAAAAGAGAUGUUUAUUGAUACCAAUCGAAAAUCAAAACAAUCCAAACUGAAAGUAUGCGUCAUGAAACCAAAUUAAAGAGCUUCGUUAUCAUCGUCGCUGCCACUUUGCAACUCGUAGAACUCAUCGCCUGGGGCUAAAAACACUUGGUGGUCCACUUACCUAGGGCUGUGCCGUCAACGACGUCAACGUCCAUCCGAACCGAAGAUGAAUUGUGACGGUGACUCAGUUGCAGAUUUUGGCGCUCCCAAAAAGCCAGCCUACGCACUUUGCUCUUUCGGCUUUUUGCGUAGGUUUGCUUCUUGUGCGUCAAAAAGUUUUAGGUAUUUAAAACAGUUGAAACAUUAUCAAUUAAUUACAACAUAAUAUAAAGAAUUGUAAAAUUCCUUAUAGCAAGUGUGUGAGUUUGAGGGCGCAUGAGGCAUACUAUUUGGGCUUCAGUACCAAAACCAUUACCAUUACCGAAAAAUAAUUAGAAGCGUUUCCAUUGAGAAUUGCCAUUGGCGAUGGUGAUAUUGACGAUGAUGAGAUGUUCAUAUUGAUGGCGAUCCCUUGGCGACGAUGAUGCGACUAAUCGAUUGCUGGUUGUUGAUGACGACUCAUAACUCAUUCACGCCUUUACUUGGUCUGCUACAUACAUCUGCUACAUGCAUCCAAAGUGGCGAUCACUUUUAUACUUUUCAAUCCAAUCCUGAUUGAUUGCUGGCUGAUUGACCGACCGACUGAUCGAUCGUUUGAAAUGGAGGCAGCACUGCACACCGUGUACUUCGCAUACGUCGGCCAUGUGCCUCAGAGGCACAAAACGUAUUUCUUAUUUUUCCAGUUACGUUAAUGUGAGGCCGUGGGAGAUACGCUGCCCCCCAAAAAAUCACCGCUGCUGGUCCAAGCUCGCUGGUUUAUGCUGUGUGCUACGAGCUGCGUACUGCUUGACUGCCACUACUACUACACGUUCUUACCUACAUCACAAAUCCCGGUCCUGGGCCCCGGAGAGUGUUUCUUUAUGACGAUGUCUGACAGAAACUAAAUCUGUGUUGCCAUAGUGGCUUGGCCUUACCAAAACACACAAUACAAGCAGAAACAAAAUAAAAAAAGAGUUAUAUACACUAUUUUAAAUUAACCUGGCUACUCAACCGCCGUCCGUGCGUUUUCUGGUUGCUGCCUGAUGGCUACGGCUGCUCGCCAGAAGCUGCUCUAAUCGAUGCGAUGCUCAAUGAUAGAUGUUCGAUGUUUGGAACUCUCUCUUUGGCCAACGACUUGCUUGCGAUCUCGCCUAACCACUCUUUCGACGAGGUCGCUGAGGUCUCUGAGGUCGCUGAGGGUUGCCUACAAUUGCUAGACAGACAAUGUAAACUCGGUUAUGCGAUAAAAUGCGAUAUGCGAUGUGUGUGUCCUCUCUCUGAAAACGCAUUAAGAUCUGAAGGACUACAUGCGCCAGGCCGGCGAAGUUACCUAUGCAGAUGCUCACAAGCAACGUCGAAAUGAGGGCGUUGUUGAGUUUGCUUCUUUGUCGGACAUGAAGACGGCCAUUGAGAAACUCGAUGACACCGAGCUGAAUGGUCGACGCAUUCAUCUGGUGGAAGAUCGUCGCGGUGGACGCAGUGGUGGAGGUGGUGGUGGUGGCGGCGGGCGCGGACGUUCGCGUUCGUCUAGCUCCCGUUCUCGUUCCCGUUCACGCAGACGUUCCCGCAGCCGCCGCUCAUCGCGGUCCCGCUCCAAGUCACGUAGCCGUUCAAAGUCGCGCGGUGGUCGUUCCAAGUCCAAGUCGCCAGUUAAAUCGCGCUCUCGUUCACGCUCACGCUCCAACAAAUCCCGUGACGUGUCCAAGUCCAAGUCAAAGUCCCGUUCUCGCUCCAGGUCCCGUUCAGUCAAGCGCGAUCGUGAUUCGCGCUCCCGCUCACGCUCCAACUCAAAGCAGCGUGAGUCGCGUUCGCGUUCACGGUCCAAGUCCAAUCGCCGCGACUCGCGUUCACGCGAUCGCUCAGCCUCCGUUGACAACAAAUCGCGUUCGCGCUCUCGUUCUCGCUCGGCAUCACCCAAAAACGGCAACGCCUCGCCCGACCGCAAUGAGAGUAUGGACGAUUAGAUUAGUUAGCUGUCCCACUAAUUAUAAAAUAUUUGGUCAUAGAUUUAUACGUCUUACUUUAUCAAUCAACCCAGACAACUUAUACACUACGUUACCAAAAUUAUUUGGAAAUCAAAAAAAGAAAACACAAAACUAAACCUUGCGAAACCAUUUGUAUUUGUCGCCAUCAUUUUUUUAAUAUUUAAAAAAUAUGUUGGUGAAACUGACUCGGCCUACGUCAUAAUUUGAUGUUAAGUGCGUUAUUUGAAAUAUUUUCACAUCACACCAUCCUUGCUAAAACCGAACAGAGCACACAUGCGAGUCUGUCAGCGUUGUUUGCCCAUUGCCGCAAAUUCACAAUUUUACUAUAAUCGGCAACAAUUGUCAGCCCUAGCAACGAUAUUUCAUCAGAUUUACAAGAAAACAUGGCCAUAAAUCUGCAUAAAUUGUCUACAGUUUGUAAACACAGAACCUCAACUUUGAAUAAAACUGAAUAAAUAUAAAUUUAGUUA